AUGACAGAUAGAGAAGCUCUAAUUAGAACUUACGUUCAGAGAUAGAAGGAUCUUUCAGAAUAGCAAGAGAGAUUUAAGAAUCUUAAACUUCAACAAGAGGAUAAGAAAAAAACUUUUGAGAAAACUGAGUAACAUCUUAAAAAUAUCGAGAGUAUUGGUUAACUUGUUGGAGAAGUGCUUUAGAAAAUCACUGAGGAGAAGAUUAUGGUCAAAGCUGCUUCUGGUCCAAGAUAUGUAGUGGGUUGCAGACCAAAGAUUGAUAAGACUAAGCUAAAGCCAGGUGUUAGAGUUUCCCUCGAUAUGACAACUUACACAAUUAUGAGAAUUCUUCCUCGUGAAGUUGACCCAAAUGUUCACAACAUGCUUGCUGAGGACCCCGGUAAUGUCAAGUAUUCCGACGUUGGUGGUCUCACCAAUCAAAUCAGAGAUAUCAGAGAAACUAUAGAGUUGCCUCUUACGAACCCUGAGCUCUUCCUUAGAGUUGGAAUUAAGCCACCCAAGGGAGUUUUGCUUUACGGUCCUCCAGGUACUGGUAAAACUCUCCUUGCCAGAGCUAUUGCGUGCUAGAUUGAUUCUAAAUUCCUAAAAGUUGUAGCAUCUUCAAUCGUUGAUAAAUAUAUUGGAGAGAGUGCUCGUGUUAUUCGUGAGAUGUUCGCCUAUGCAAAAGAAAAUCAACCCUGUAUUAUAUUUAUGGAUGAGAUUGAUGCUAUUGGAGGAAAGAGACUCAAUGAUAGUUCAUCUGCUGAUAGAGAGGUGCAAAGAACACUUAUGGAACUCCUGAAUUAACUAGAUGGUUUUGAUGAGUUAGGUUAGGUUAAAGUAGUCAUGGCAACAAAUAGACCAGAUACACUUGAUCCAGCUCUACUCAGACCUGGUAGACUUGAUAGAAAAAUUGAGAUCCCUCUUCCUAAUGAAAGUGGAAGAAUAGAUAUUCUUAAGAUUCAUGCUAAGCCAAUUACCAAGCAUGGUGAAAUAGAUUACGAUGCUAUUGGAAAGCUUUGUGAGGACUUCAAUGGUGCAGAUAUGCGUAAUGUUUGUACUGAAGCUGGUAUGUUUGCUAUCAGAGCUGAAAGAGAUUAUGUUCUUCAUGAGGACUUCAUGAAGGCUGCCAGAAAAAUUAAGGAAACCAAAAAGUUAGAGUCUAAGCUUGACUACACUGCAGUAUGA